GAAACAUUCCAUUGAAUUAAAAAUAACAAAAACCGUAGAAAAAAUUCAACGCAUUUUGGGGGCAUCGCAGUUGUAUCGACGAGCUCAUUGUGUAUUCAAGUUUCGUUACAAUCCUAGCACCAGAAUGCUUCUGUCACAAUAUCAAUCCCAGUGAUUUGAUAUUGAGGUUUCUCUUUGAGUGACGCACGUCAUAUGGGUUGCUCGAUAUGAUUCACUGAGAUAAGGGUUGACCUCUCAUCAUCUCGUUCAAUUACAUCUAAUGUUACACGACUGAAAAUAACAAUCGUUAGCUUGACGGCUGCCUUGAAGAGACGCUUGUUUGCAAAAAUCAAAACAGCGAGGAACUGAAACUGGUUUGUAAACACGCGGCGGGACACAGUUCGCAGGAAAAGAUAGUGAUUCAUGGAUGUUUGAAUGCACGCUUUUGGUCACCCUUUUGUGGGGCUGAUGAACUAAGGUCAUCCAAACUGUGAUUGUUCGUUCGGUGAAUAGAAAGCCUAACAACUCGUCACGAGCUCUGAAAUUUUCCUAAAAUGACGGAAUUUUUCAGCUGUAACGACAACACAGGGCGAUAUAUCUUCAACAUUGUGUUCUUCUCUCUUAUUGGCUCUUUGGUCUUCCUACUGAUCUUUCUGGCUGCGUAUUUACUGUACAAACGAUACAAGAAAGCCAAAAAACGGCAAAGAUUACUGUACCGAAGCCGAACGAGUACGGCCAACACAACAAGCACUAUUUUAUCCGGCACUGGAGUCGGUAGCCAACUUGCAAGUAAUUUUAUUUUGGGACGGCCACCUGCAACUGAUGUAGUUUUAGGUGUUUACGGGGACGAAAACUCCAAAAAUGCCAGAAGUGCGUUUUACGAAGAGAAAGGUUGGAGAGGGUUUGCGUACUAAAAGGAGAUCUCAGUGAAGAAGUCAUGCGGCAAGACACACCAGGAGAGAAUCAAACGUAACAAUUCAUUUGAAUUUCAUGGCCUCGCCGAUAAAUCGUUGACAAACUUAUUCUAAAUUAUCGGCCGAUGAGCCCAUUAUGGCGGUAGAACAAUGCUCGUGAGAAACUUUUAACCGACAGCGUAACUUGAAGUGCUUCCCCGCCAAACUGAGCCACUCAACAAUGUCUCGAGAGAUAUUCAAGAGAACAGAAAGGGAUUUGAGGGUUAAUGAAUAAUAGCUAAGAAGGCACUUUUUUUGUAUCAUAGUGCUUAUAUCGUUUAUAACAGAUAAAAAUAGCCGUCAGGUUAUAAUAUUCAUAAGAACAUAAUUUUGUUCAAGAAAAUAUGUUUCCCCAUUUUAGGAAAAGGCAAUCUCUAAGACACAUGUCAGAAAUAACCAGAUUGUAGAUAAUUUCAUUUCAGUGAAAUGAAGUUAUCGAAUAUUUGUGGAUUAAAACGUUUUCGUUUCCAGCCGGAUAGUGGGAUCACAAGAGAGUCACACGAAACCUCAGCACGAGCAACAUAAAAUACUGGUCCAAAUAUUUUCAGGAGCUGGUAUGUUAAGUAGCUUAGUGUAGUACAUGGUCGAGCGCCUUUCCAGCAUUAUCAAGACAGAUAACCAGCGUUUGGAAGGUUAUCCUAGGUCAUCUAACUUUGUUGAAUUUAAUUGGCAUUAUUUUACAAAUGUAAUUUUAGCAACUGGUACCUUACUCCUGUUUCUCAUUCCUUUAACUCAGCUUUCAUGAUUUACUCCUUCAGUAUGGUCGCUCUUUGAAAAGAAGGAAUUCGAAACGGGGAGAGCGAUGUAAUUAUAUUGAGUAUCAUCGCCUUAGUAAGUCAGUGAAGAUGUUUUGCAGUUCAAACAGCAGUAAAAAAGCUCAUCAGUUGUUGGGUCUGUUACGACAGUUUUCAGUCUAGGUGUCUAUGUGUAUGUAGUGUGUUUGUUAUCAAGUUGUGAAUUGAAAGACUACUUAAAAACCUCCUUCGAUCUGCUUACUGGCACUCGUCUGGCGAGCAUAUGUUGCUUGCUAUAAGCAGUCUGGACCGCUCCUUACUGAAGAGAGCCGGGAAACAAAGCGAGAAACGUUGAGCGAAAAAAAACGAAAAAACUCGAAAGAGGUCGAGUUCGUUUAAGGUAUCCGCGUCGACAGUUAACUUGAUAAAGUCGUGAAACUUCGAGAAACUGGUGUAACUCAAGGCCGAUAAGGCUGAAUUUGAUUGUAACCAAGGCUGUCUACUCGAGUGCAACUUAAGGUUAAGUAAAUUCACUUUAUUAUAACAAGUUAGGAUAAUCAGCAGAUGUGAUAACUACUCUGACCGAUAGCAAGUGUUGUACAGAUACAGUACAGAUAAUGCAUGAACACGGUUAUAUUUUGUAAGUUUGUUUAAUUAAAAGUGGCGUCUUAUUUUUUAAACCGUUUUUCGUGAUACCCAAAAGGUGGAGAGAAAUACAGAAAAUAACUUAGGAAGUUGAAUUCCGUAUUUAAAAAAAAAAGAAGAAAAAAAAAGAAAAAAAACUUCAAAGUUUACAUUUCAAACAAAGAGUAUAAACCAUCUAGAAUCCGGCAUUUAAUAGUUCAAGUUGGUGCCCCUACCAAGAUCUAAUCGAAAAACUUUGCAGUCCCGCCCGUAAUACUGAUCAAACUAAUGAUAUGUCAUUAAAAUGAUUAUUGGUUAUUCUACGAUAUUUCUCCCUGGCAAUAAAUUAACGACCCCCAUUAAUGGCUCCUAUUCCCUCGAGUCCCUCAAUAUUGCGAUAAGUUUAACAUGUUUGAGAUCACUGUUAUGUUCAAUUUGGUGAGCUGCUGUUAGUAUUAAGUCAAGCUGAGUUCCUGAAAAUGUUCCUCGUUUCUGUAAAGUUCCCAAUAAUCUUUUUGGAUAUUCGGAUUGGUGUGGUAAAAAGCUGGAUUUUCUCUAGCCUCCGAGCUAUUACUUUUCUUCCCGCGAAGAACCUGUUUGCAGGCUGCAGUUUUUUUUAGAUCAUCUGGAAUAAUAGUUGUGAUUCGGGGAAAAUAUGACGCCUGUCCAUUUUGGAGAGAUCGAAAUGUCAAUUGAAUACGGAUAAAGGCAAGCUAUUUAUUAUUAUUUUUUUUAUUUUUUUUUGAAAUUGAUUUACAAACACAAUAUACAUAGGAAAAAACUAAACAAAUAAAAAGGCCAGCUAUGAUGUUCGGAAAGUUUGAAAGUUUGAUUUGAAACAAAAUGAAACAGGGGACCGCACAAAGGGAGGGGCUGAAAAGUUGCUGCGCAGGUCCUGUAAACUGUGCUACUUUACAAAGUUAGCCCUGUAUUGGAGGGUGGGGAAUUUUGAGGGACAUUGUGCGGGGGCUUACACAACCUACAGACCCAGGAUACUCCGCGCAAAUACGAUGCAAGAAACGCCUGGUUGAUAUCUUCUUGGCUCUCGGAGAAGCAAAUAUCACUCACUGUGUUUGGAAUCUGUGUGGAAUUUAUGGAUGUUCAAUUCUAUCAUGAAGCGCAAAAGCCAUAAAAAUAGUCCUCAAAAUUUCGUUCUUCCUCGAUGGGCGCCGGAGCAUCUCAUCGUACAAAAGCCAAGGAAGACAACUUUCACAAGACCGCUUCAAACAAGAUUGCUUCAAACCCUCGUGAUAUAAACAACUUAUCAGCUGCAGAGAAAGAGUCCGAGGCAAACCUAAAUCUUGUGGACACGACAAUGCCCUCAGUCAUCGUAGAGGCAGAAGAGAAUUCAAAUAUCUUGAAAAGACAUCUGUCGGAGGGAAUUCUCGCGAGCAAAGAAGUAGUGACGUGUUGUGUGGAACUUCUGAAGUUUUCUUGCUCCAUGGACGAAGACGAAGAGAUCAAAACAGCGGCUCUGACCUUUGUGAUGGAAAAUGACAUCCCUCGAUUAAUAUUUCAGGUUUAUAAAGCUCUACUAACAAAGUUUCCUGAUUUAUUGAAGUACGACCGAGAGAAAGAUAAAGACUCUGAAGGUAAAAUUGCAGUUGAAGAACUUCAACAUGCCCAGGAUGUUCUGAAUGUAUUGGCUGGUUUCAUGGUGAAUCUAACUGAUUUUCCUCAGCUAGCUAUAAAAUGCGGCAGUACAGGACUUAUUCCAGUGUUCUUGGAAAUGACAGAAGCCCUAAAAGAUUCAAUACCAUACAUGAUUCCCUUUGAGGAUCCAGAGACAAAAAUAAUAUCGCAGUUUACAGCUCGUGGCAGAACCUUGUCGAGAGUGCUUGGAGCACUUGUUAAUCUGGCUAAACAGGUUACAAACAGGACAGUCUUCAUAGAUAGUGAUGGAGUUCAGCACCUAUUGCCACUCCUUAAAUCACAAGUUACUGCUUAUUAUAUCAAGAGUUUAUUUUGCUUGGCAUAUCUUAUUGAAGAAGGCAAUAAUGAUGCAAUAAUGACUAAUGCUGAGCCCAUCAAAUUCAUCAUUGGAAUGUUGGAAAAGGCCACUAAGUCAAGUACUCGUGACUACCUGGGUUUCUCUGCUAGUGAUGUAGCUGAUGGUAUAAGUAAACUUGCUGUUAAUGAAAGUAACAGUAAGCAAAUUGGUUUAAAUGGAGGAAUUCCUGUUAUAGUAAGCAUGUUAAAGACAUCUCAACAAGAUUCAGAGAGACUCUGUGGGACUAAAGCCUUGUGGAUGUUGUCAUUUGAUGUCACCAACAGGGCACUCAUCAAAGCUAUCCCAUCAGCCAUUGAGACACUGCAAAGUUUGACAAGGUGUCCAAAUAAGGGUGUUGUCAAAGCCUCUCAAGGUGUUCUCUGGGAAAUUGAGAGGAACAGAGAUUCCUCAAGUUCAGUUCGCGCAAAAGCCCAGCACAUCAUGAUCAGUUACCAGUGGGACUGUCAAGACACCAUAAUUCAAGUGAAUGAUAAACUUAGAUCAGCAGGAUUUAAUGUGUGGAUUGAUGUUGACGAAAUGAGAGGAUCCACCUUAGAAAGCAUGGCAUCUGCUGUUGAACAUUGCACAGUCUUUCUUAUGGCAAUUUCACGGAAGUACUUUGAAAGUCCCAACUGUCGUGCUGAGGCGGAAUAUGCAUAUCAGCUACGAAAACAAAUCAUCCCAUUGAUGAUGGAACCUCGUUUUCAACCCAGUGGUUGGCUGGGCAUUAUAGUCGGAACCAAGCUCUGGAUGGACUUCAGGGAGGUGGGGAAUUUAGAGGCGGGGACCAGUCAUCUCGUUAGGGAACUGGGAAAAGCAGGAAACUCCCAAGCCGGCGGGAAAGACAAAUCUAAAGAAGAUGAACUAAAAAAGACAUUGCAGGCCUACAAGAAGAAUCACCGAAGUGUUUAUGUGUACCUCUCUGAAGCCGAGAAACUCAUCAGAAACCUGCGGUCCUUUCUUAUGUCUGGUCAGCUGGCUACUGAAGCCUCGUUUUGGAAAGCAGAUGCUCUUGUUGUACUUUACACCAAGAUACCCGAAAAACAAAGCAGAACUUUGGUCUUGAAUUUCAUGGUUGAUGUAGAUCUUCCCGAAACCUUGAUUGAGAUUGUAAGAACUCUUCGGCAAAGGUAUCCCCAGGCGUUCUCAGAGCCAGAGGAACGUGAUGUACCCAAAGACGACGAGCCAGGAGAAAUAAUCUUGAAGAAGAAAGCCAGUAGAAAGAUGGGAACUGGGGAUGAAAAACAUAGCGAGCAGGUAAAUUCAGAGGCAAACUGGGCUCUGGAGGUGAUGUUAACAACAUCGAUAGCAAUUUUAAAUUUUACUGAUCUUCACGAUGCCUUUUGUGAGGUCUGCGGGAAUGCAGGACUGGUCAAGGAGUAUUUAGAGCUAUCAAAGCAACUGAAGAAGGGUUUACCUGAAUUUGAUGAACAAAAGGAUUCUCUAUCGAGUACUGAAGACAAAGACAACAAAUUUUCAAGACGAGGCAGCUUGCUGUUCGAGGUUUUAGGAGUGCUUCACAACCUCUCCAAACGAAUCAACAACAAGAAGCACUUUGAUGACAGUAGCGCUGUAGAAACGCUGCUGGGCUUCUUUAGAACAAAGUUCCCUGUGUAUAGAAUGACUGCACUCCUUGCCCUUGCUUACUUAGUGGACGAGAAAAACAAUCAUCUCAUAAUGGCGAGUGAAGAACCAAUCAAAGACAUCCUAAAGCUGCUGGACAAAGCAAAUCAUUCCGCUGACCGGCGCAGUCUUGGAUUCUCGGCGGCGGAAAUAGCUUGUGGACUGAUGCAUGUGGCCACAAACGAUGGAAAUAAGAGAAUGAUCGGCCAACACGGCGGUAUUGACAUGUUAGUUUCCAUGAUGAAAGGUCCAGAUGAACACGAGGAGGAGAGAAUAGCGGCCUUGAAAGCAUUAUACAUGUUAUCUUUUGACGAGGCGAACAAGGAAAUGAUUAAAUCUGAUCACGAUACCAUGGCACUGCUGCAAAGUUUGCAGACGUCAGAUAACAAGGAAAUACAGCAAGCGGCGUCUGGAGUGAUGUGGGAAAUAGAAGGGAAGAAAGAACACUCUGGCACCUCAGAUUCUGAAGAACACGUGAUGAUAAGCUACCAGUGGGACACUCAGCAAACAAUGCUCCAAGUGAAACAGGAACUGGAGGCUCAAGGUUUCACCGUGUGGAUGGACGUGGAGCAGAUGGAGGGGUCUAUUCUGGAAACAAUGGCGCGAGCUGUGGAGAAAUCUUCUGUGUUACUUUUGGCAGUGUCACGCAAAUACCAGAACAGUCCCAACUGUAGAUCGGAGGCCGAAUACGCUUAUCAGAGAAGGAAACGCGUGAUUCCACUGAUGAUGGAACCCAGUUACCGUCCUGACGGCUGGUUGGGGAUUAUUCUGGGCUCUAAACUGUGGAUGGACUUCAGAAAAGAUCCAAGCAUUGGAAUCCAACAACUGAUGAAAGAAAUAUCAAAGGCAAGAGUCGCUGCUUCUCAAGCUCAAUCAUUAGGGACUGCUCCACCCCAGGCGGCUACAAACGAAAAGGUUUUGCAAUGGAAGAAAGAAGACGUGGCAAAAUGGCUGAAGGAUAUUGGAUUUGCAGUAGGUGACAACAUUGUUCGAGGAAAGCUAGACGGACCUUUGUUGCACAUGCUCAACGAACUACGAAAAGAGAGCCCAGAAUUCUUUUACAGCUCUAUCAAAACAGACCUGGGAUUUCCAACUGUGAUCGAAGUUCUUCAAUUCACCAGAGAGCUGAAAGAGCUGCUGGAUUAAACAAGACCUUUUGUUACGUUACACGUGAUAGAAUGUGUAAUAUUGUGACGUGAUUCACGCAGGAUAGUGAUGGCACUAUGGAACCUGCCUUCACUUGCUUGUCUUAAGCACUAUGUUUUGAUCCCAGGUGUAACACUGUAGCGUUCCUUUUAUUUAUUGGACUUAUUUUGAGACAUUUCACUAUUGAUGUAAAUUUCUAUAUUUUUAUCCAUAGUUCAUUCAUUGUAAAUCAAGGUCAUUAGCUUAGUUAGUGCAGGUUCACAUCAGGACUUUUGUCUUGCCUACCUGCUUUUAAAUAUACUAUGUAUGAGGUAUAUAUAUGUAUGUACCAAUUGAUUGCAAAUUUCUCUCGUAAUGCAUAUCGGACCCCAGUUCCAUAGGUGCAAAACCCAAACACUAUUGUCCAUCCGACGUAUGAUAUGCUAGCCACUAGUGGUUCCAGAGUCAUACGAAGAAGCCAGAGGUAGAAGGGGGAAGCGAGGAUCAACAUCAGAUGUGUGUAUUUUUUUCCUCCCGAUCUGCUCAGCUCGUACGCGGCUACUCCAAUUGGAUACCAUGGGACAAGGAUAGCGACGAUGAUCAUGAGCACACUUUGGCAGGUUUUCAUUCCCUCUCAACCAAUCACUUCCAGAAGAAGAAGCGCCCAGAAGAUUACGAGUAGAUUUCAAAAUCGUAGCGCAAGACUCAAGCGCUAUGGUGAUGUGGCGAUGUGGCGCUCACAACCCAUAAGAUCUUUUAUUGAAAAUCACGUUUUCAGAUGAGUUACGUCUGAUCACAUGAUUGUAAUGACCAAGAAUCUUCUCUGAAACAAUCUCUUCAUCACAAAGAACAAAAACACAAAUCUCGUCUGGGGAAAUAUAUCCCUGCGUAUGUUAAAUUCCAACCAAAAUUCAUUUGACCCUUACUCACUCACUCACAAAAUCCUCGUCUCGCUCUUCGGCGCAUAGAGCCAUUACCAGAAUAAGAGUUCCUCCAAAGGCCAAGGUAUUCUCCUCGCACAAGUCGCAGAGUCUGUGUCCGUUGAUCUUGUUACGGCCUUCAUUGUCCUUCCCAACGCGGGCGAUGAAAUCAUUAUCCAAUCACACACAGCAUAUGCGAUGAUACCUCUGGAAUGACUUGCUGUGGAUGGUCGUACGAGACAUCUUUCUUGGCUUCCUCAGCAUCUUCUUUGGGUGCGUAGAACGUGGUGAAAGUGAGCUUGGUGCACUUGGGGUUGAAUCUAGCCAUGAUAAGUCUUUUCCACAGUUGCUUCUGCUCCAUCAAUGCCUUCGCUGUUUUGUCUGACGUGAUGAUCGCCCCGUCCUCUGCGUGUUGGUUGUCCUAUCGCCCAGAGUGUAUCACCGUGUGUCUAAAUCUUUCCUUCACUAUUCCUGAUCCUCUCCAUCUUGCUUCACUUAUCCCGAGGAUGUCCAUUCUGCAGUUGUCUAUCUCCUUUGCGACUUACGCCAGCUUGCAGGUUUGAUGCAUCGUAUGCAUGGUGCGUACAUUCCACAGGCCAACUCUAACAUUGAACCUUUUCCGUUGGUGACUGAACCUCGGCUCUCGCGAUUCCGGUUCCCAGAUGAGUAUGGCCAACACCCGUCAUUAGUUCAAUUGCGUGGAUUUCGUUGUUCUGCUGCCACAGCUUUGGUUUCUGGAGUAAAUUUCUGUACAAUUUAGUUUCUUACGGCUGCGGUUGUCAGCCCUACACCCAACCCUCAACCUGGAGGCCCAGGAUGUCUAAGUUCGUCUCGCACCUUACCCUAGACCUGUCCAGCAUGGUUGAACCUGCCGGAGGUAUGAAAGCCCCCGCUGGCAUAGCUGGCACAGCUCCAGGUGGUCCUAAAGGCACGCAAGCUACCACACCAACAGCAAGCAAUGUUUCUGGCGUUAUAUUUGUUGACUUUCUUUUUCAUUCUCGUUCUUGCUGUGAGGGUUCUCUUCCGGGUUCACAAGUCUCACACCCUCCACAAAACCCAACACUUCUAAAUUCCAAUUCCAUGUCCCGUGGAAACAGUGGACGAAUAGUUCAGCUACAAACUAUCUCUCUCUCUUGUUUGGGGAAGA